GCGGCUCAUCCAAGAGGACUCGCUGAGCGACGCGACGCGGGCGGGCUAUGACCCCAGGGGCGCUGCUGCUGCUGCUGGGGGCGCUGGGGGCGCCGUUUGCCCCGGGCGCCCGCGGCUCGGAGGCAGAGGGCAGACUACGCGAGAAACUUUUCUCGGGCUAUGAUAGCUCGGUGCGGCCGGCGCGGGAGGUGGGAGACCGCGUCAGGGUCAGCGUCGGUCUCAGCCUGGCGCAGCUCAUCAGCCUGAACGAAAAGGAUGAGGAGAUGAGCACAAAGGUCUACUUAGACCUGGAGUGGACUGACUACAGGCUGAGCUGGGACCCUAAGGAGUACGAGAGCAUCGAUUCACUCCGCAUCACAGCCGAAUCCGUGUGGCUGCCAGACGUGGUGCUCCUAAACAACAACGACGGAAAUUUUGAUGUUGCUCUGGACAUCAACGUCGUGGUGUCCUCAGACGGCUCUGUGCGCUGGCAGCCCCCGGGCAUCUAUCGCAGCAGCUGCAGCAUCCAGGUCACCUACUUCCCCUUUGACUGGCAGAACUGCACCAUGGUGUUCAGUUCCUAUAGCUAUGACAGCUCAGAGGUCAGCCUGCAGACUGGCUUGGGUCCCGAUGGGCAGGAGCGGCAGGAAGUGCACAUUCACGAAGGGACCUUCAUUGAGAAUGGCCAAUGGGAGAUUAUCCACAAACCUUCCCGGCUAAUCCAGCCUCCAGUGGAUCCUAGGGGACGGGGGGAAGGACGGCGUGAAGAAGUCACCUUCUACCUCAUCAUUCGCCGGAAGCCUCUUUUCUACCUGGUCAACGUCAUUGCCCCAUGCAUCCUCAUCACUCUCCUGGCCAUCUUCGUCUUCUACCUGCCACCAGAUGCAGGAGAGAAGAUGGGGCUCUCGAUCUUUGCCCUGCUGACCCUUACUGUGUUCCUGCUGCUGCUGGCGGACAAAGUGCCUGAAACCUCCCUGUCUGUCCCCAUCAUUAUCAAGUACCUCAUGUUUACCAUGGUCCUCGUCACCUUCUCAGUCAUCCUUAGCGUCGUAGUCCUCAACCUGCACCAUCGCUCACCCCACACCCACCAAAUGCCCCUUUGGGUCCGUCAGAUCUUUAUCCACAAACUCCCUCUGUACCUGGGUCUGAAGAGGCCCAAGCCUGAGAGAGACCAGAUACCGGAGCCAUCUCCUAUAGCUCUCAGCGAUUCUCCAGGAAGUGGCUGGGGUCGGGGAACAGAUGAAUAUUUCAUCCGCAAGCCACCAAAUGAUUUUCUCUUCCCCAAACCCAACAGGUUCCAGCCCGAACUGUCUGCCCCGGACCUGCGGCGAUUUAUCGAUGGCCCAAACCGGGCUGUGGGCCUGCCUCCCGAGCUACGGGAGGUCGUUUCCUCGAUCAGCUACAUCGCUCGACAGCUGCAGGAACAGGAGGACCACGACGCGCUGAAGGAGGACUGGCAGUUUGUGGCCAUGGUAGUGGACCGUCUUUUCCUGUGGAUCUUCAUCAUCUUCACGAGCGUCGGGACCCUCGUCAUCUUUCUGGACGCCACGUACCACUUGCCCCCUCCCGACCCCUUUCCUUGAGGACGGGAGGGCCGAGACAGGUCCUCAGCCAGUUGAAUCGAGAGUUUGGUAGUCCUCUCAAGCCCUAUCCCUUUCUGCAUCUUAACUCCUUCACUAGGAGUCCAAUCCUCUCAUCAUUUUGUUUCUAGGGAGGAAGCCUAAGUGGGACUGGGCAGAUAAGGGCCUUGGGCCCACCUGAAAUGCACUAUGCGCUUAUUUACUCUUUGACUUCUUGAAGAAGCUCCAUUGGAUAUUAACACCUAGGUUGGCAAUGAAUGGAACAAAGAACAAGAACUAGACUGUAAGCCUUCUGAGGGCAGGAACUACGUGUUGUUCACUGUAAGUCCCCCAGCAUCUAGCACAGGUCCUAACCUAUAUGGCAGGUACCUCUGACUGACUGAAUAGGGACUUUUUUUUCUGUAAAUAUAGAAAAAUUCUACAGUGUACUUACAGAAUUUUUCUGUAAAUACACUAAGUAUAGUGCAUAUGUUUGCAUGUUGGGACUAGUGAUCAUUUUUUCUUUGUUUUUAACCUUUCUGUAGUUUAUUGUAUUUUGUAAUAUCUUUAGGAUAAAAAAAAUGUUAUUGCUAAAAGGAUGCAUUUGUAAUGAGGAUAAAAAAGCACACUUUAAAAACCUGAAGUUCCAGCUUUGGUGCUUAGACUUUGGACAAGCUACUAAACUGCUCCAUGCCUCAGUUUCCCCACCUGUAAAAUGAAGCUAAUAAUAGUAUCUGCGCGCUAGUCUGAGGAUCAUAUGAGAUGAGAACAAAAGCAUUAUUCAUCAGAGGUUACAAACUGGUGUGUUUUGUUUGGCCCAUGCUGUUGGUCAGCAGAAUUUAAAAUUUGAAUUGGUGUGCUACUUUUAAAAUGUGGAUAUUUCACAGAGAAAUUUGGAUUUCUGGCUUCUCUUAAAAAUUUUUAAGAACUACAGUAACACCCGGUUUGAUUCCCCUGUUGGCAGCAACCUGCUAGAGCUGAUUAGAGGCUGCCCACUCUGGUCAAGGUAUUUGUACCAGAAUUCCUCAAAGCCGCCACCCACCUGAGCUCUUAUUUUAUUUGCCCAUCCCUGUGUAA